CCCCCCUCCCCAACUUUUCUAUUUUUAGUAGAGACCGGUCUGAAACUCCUGGGCUCAAGGGAUCCAGCCACCUUGGGACUCCCAGAAUGAUAGGAUUCUAGGGGUUAGAAUCCGCCCAGCCUAACAUGUGGCUUUUCUUGGGAAAGCCACUUUGCCUCUCAGGGUCUGUCUUUAGACCUUUACAAGGAAGUCCUCUAGGACCUGCCAGCGUCCAUUGACUACGUGCCAGCAAACCAUGAAUGAAAAUAAGAUAACUGGGGCGGCGCCUGUGCCUCAAAGAAGUAGGGCGCUGACCCCAUAUGCUGGAGGUGGCGGGUUCAAACCCAGCCCCAGCCAAAAAAAAAGAUAACUGAACGGAGGGAAGGUGAUGCUGGCAAUUUUUAGGUGGCAUAGACUAUAGGUCUACUUCAAAUUAAUUUCACGGACAGCCCAACGUAUAAUUUGGCAGGUGCUAUAUUUUCUAUAUCGCUAUUAAACUUUUUUCCUUUAAAUACCAGCUGGGCACAAAUUUUCAAACAGCAACCUUGCGCACAUUGUAGCUAAUCAAUGAGGCUGCAUCCGGAAAGUAGGGAGGGCUAUUGGCCACCGUCCUGUUAAAAAUAAUGGUACUUUGUAAUUUUGCAGCCCAAGGCGGUAGAAGUCGCCAGACCAUGAACCAUGUCGAAGGGGGCAGGUUGAGUAAGGUGGCAGAAUUAAAGCAGUGCGUGUACCGCUGCUUUAGCCGCCGUAUCUCCGUGUACGGCAGCUCGCAGAGGACAAAAUCCAUCGCGCUUUUACGACAUCUGUGAUUGUAAAAUCUAAGAGGCGGUACAACUAGAUCCCGUUGAGAAAGCGCCUAGGAUGAGUGAAGGCAGUAAGGUUGUACUUUGAAGGGUGACGAGGUUAGACUUAUCCGAGUUCAUUCCUCCCUGCCAUGAGCAGCCUAGUGCGGACCGUGUCGCUGUGCGAGGGGCCUCCCGUGCUGGUGCCUGGUGACUCCUACUCGGUUGUGGUUCUGUUGCAGGGCUACGCGGAGCCCAAGGGCUUGGACGGUGCUGUGAGGGCCGACGGCUCAGUGACCCUUGUUUUGCCCCAAGCCUGGGACCCAGCGUGUAGCCAGCGAGAGCCCCAGCGCGGGGGCGGCGGCGCAAAGAUUGCCCUGGAGGAGGUGGCCCGUGGCCCCAUCCUCGUGGACACCGGGGGGCCCUGGGCUCGGGAGGCGCUGCUAGGGGCCCUAGCGAGGCAAGGGGUGUCCCCGGGAGAUGUAACUUUGGUGGUGGGGACCCACGGGCACUCGGACCACAUCGGGAACUUAGGUUUGUUUCCGGGCGCGGCAUUGCUUGUCUCGCACGAUUUCUGCCUCCCUGGGGGUCUCUACCUGCCCCACGCGCUGGAUGAGGAACGGCCUUUGCAGCUGGGGCCCGGGCUCGAAGUGUGGGCCACACCGGGCCACGGGGGCCAGCGGGACGUGAGCGUGGUAGUAGCGGGCACGACUCGGGGCACCGUGGUGAUAGCGGGCGAUGUGUUUGAGCGCGAUGGGGAUGAGGAUUCGUGGCAGGCGCUGAGUGAAGACCCUGUGGCCCAGGAGCGGAGCAGGAAGAGAGUCCUAGACACCGCCGACAUAGUUGUGCCUGGUCACGGAGCCCCUUUUCUGGUGUUAAGGGAAGUCGCGCAGCUGGCAGCAGCCAGUGAUCCGAGACAAGGACUGAUUGGCCCCGAGAGGGACUGAACUCUACCUCAAGGAAGCCCUUCCUUCCAGCGAGGAGCGAGACGACGGGGACCCAAUCGGCCUGAAUCAGAGCAGUCAAGGGUGGUCGCUUCCAGUCCUUCCAGGAGGCCAGAUUUCUACCGAGGACACAAACUUCUUGCCUCUGCAGUUGCCAGUAUCACUCUCUUGCCUGUCUCUAUAACCAAACGAGGGCCAAGGACUGGCUCAGCUCUUGUACAUCCUCCCUGGGCCUCAGCAAAAUAGGAGAAAGUUCUUAUGGGAGUCCUCCAAAAUAAAAGUAGAAACUGCACUGAAAAUCAUGUUGCUCUAAUGAAAACAUGAAGCACUGAUAGUAAUAAUUGUGCAAAUAUGGUAACUGAGUUGCAUUGGGAAGCACUGCCAGAUUGCUUAUUCCUCAUAGGGUGCAGCUUUGCUGAAAAAAGGU